AUGUCAAAUACUAAAACUAUAACUGUUUGUUUUCUUAUAAUCGGCUUUCUCAUUGUCAUCCUCAACAUCAUAUGCUUGUAUAACAUCUGGUUGAGAAAUCUCUAUGAGCUACAGCAAGCUGAACUGCUAUUGAGCUCAUAUAAGCAUCACUACACUGUCUUGAAGUCACAUAUCGAACAGUUGGAAAGUGUGAAACGGUUGGAAAAAAGAGCAGCUAUACAGAGAUCUCCCGAAUUUACCUGCGUUCUGUCUACAUUAUGUCCACCUGGACAACCUGGUCGGAAUGGUGAGGACGGUAAUGACGGAAUACCAGGGUUUGACGGCGUUCCCGGAGUACCUGGUCAUGACGGCUUACCGUCAACGAUGCUCGAUGCUUACAAUCAUACACCAUGUAUAAAGUGCCCUCCAGGACCCAAAGGUCCUCCAGGACGCCCCGGUCCGUUAGGCCCUAUAGGUCCUGCUGGGAUUCCGGGAGCGAAAGGUAAAAAUGGAGAGAAUAGUCCUCCAGGAGAGCCAGGAGCACCUGGAUUGCAAGGUACUGAUGGGAAACCGGGGCAACCCGGACCAAAAGGAAGACCUGGUAGAGAUGGAAUGAGAUUGUUAUUUGACGCUGCCCAAAGUGGUCCACCUGGCCCUCCGGGAAAACCUGGUAAUCCAGGAAAGCCUGGUGUACCAGGUGAUCCAGGAGAUCCAGGGCCUACAGGAGAACCUGGAGUGCCAGGAAAACCAGGAGAAGAUGGUGAGCCAGGAUUAGCUGGAAUGGAAGGACCACCUGGAGCUCCAGGGUCAGAUGCAGGCUACUGUCCGUGUCCACCUCGUACCACCAAUGUAGGAAGAUCAUAUUCAUAUGCGAAUCAGUAUCAUUGA